AUGGACGACGAAAAAUGUGGAAAAUGGAAAGAAGGGCCCUAUCGAUCUCCACAAUUCAAAGAGUGUUUCGCGCGCCGCUUCCAGACGGAAGUGUUUCUUGCGUGGGCCGGCUCGCAAGCGAGUUUUCUCGGAGAGUUUGUUAAUGCGCGCGUUCUGAAACUCCAUGUUGUUCUUUUCAUGCAACAGAAGAAGGGAAGUAGAGAAAAGGCGCUGCACCACCGGAACCAGCGCUGCUCCGUGCGCCACUCGCACGGCGAGCGCGGCGGCGCGGGGCCGGCGCGGGCGGCGGCGACGCGGAGCGCGAUGUCGCGGACGCCCGAGGACUCCGUGUGCAGCAACGAGGGGCCCAGCGCCAUCUACAACGACGGGCCGUCCACCUACAGCGACGUGGGCACGCCCAACGUGUCGUUCCGCGUGUCGCCGCGCCAGUGA